GUCGUGAGUAAAACUGUCUAACUUUCUCUUUCGUUUUCUUGCGCGCACGCACACAAGGCAUUUUCAGAUUUUCAACAGAGUAUGGCAGCUGAAGGAUUGUACAGGGAAAGGGGGGACAUUGUGAAGAGAUUGAACGAGGCCAACAUCAAUCGUCUAGUAGAUAUACUCUUUAGCCAAAUCGUGAUCAAUCAAUUUGAGAAGGAAACCAUAAUGGAGACACAUGGGCGGGCAAAUAAAGCACGUGUCCUUGUGGACAUGAUCUAUGACAAAGGUGAACGUGCGUCUGAGCUCAUGAUCACCCUACUAAAGGAUGUUGACCCCAUGCUAUACAAUGACAUCUUUUCAAAAACAAAUUCCAUGGAUUGCAUGGAUGGAUCUCCAGUUCUCAACAUUAGAUGAUGUGAGAUGACUGAAGAGGAGAAAAUAGCCACCUUUUAAUACCACAAUCCGGAGCCUGUAGAUUUUUCUGUUGUUUAUACCUUAUCAUCCUUUCAAGGUUAAAAAGCAUUCUGAAUAAAUAAUCUACAUUGAA